GUUACUUAUAAAAUGAUGGGCAUGAAUCUAUGACAGGAAGGGCUUUGGAAGGAGCCGAGCUACCAUAUCUUGUUCGUAGCCCCAAGGCGCAUCCAGGCGCAUCAUGUCGCCAUGCAGCGGUGCCUCAUGCCCAACUCGCCUGGCCGGCGCCAGCCUUUCAUACCACUCUCGGCUCACCAGCUACAGCAGCCAGUCAGCCUUCGCGUCAGCCCGGCCGCAGCUAGGCAGCCACCCUGGUUUGUUUUCUGCGCCGGCCUCAACGUUUUGACAACCGCCAUGCCGCACCCUCCUUUCUGCCGUUCUCUGUCCUCUUGUCCUCGCAUGUACGUACUACUCCUGGCUCACCGCGGAUGCCUGGCUGCGUUCCAGGUAGGUCUCUUGGGGUUCGCGUUGUCACAACGCAUCGCAGCCUUCGCUGGUAGUCUGCGGCCAGUCCACGGCAGCCCAGCCUCUGACAGCCGUAUACACCAGCUGAGAGUCACAAGCAUUAGGACGCCGGAGUGGCGCAGCUUGGCGCGCGGUUAUCUCGUCAAAGGUAACGUAGCAGUUGCGGUCGCUGCUCAUGCUCACGCUUUUCUCUUUGCUUGUGCUAGCUUACUGGCCUCGGCUCUACAACGUCAUGUUCGCUUGUGCGUGUUGCGUCUUUUCAAGCACGUCGAUAACGUAAUCUUGGGUCACGUUGCAGCAAGCAGACUGUGCGGCACGGCCCUGGCUGGCCCUGGCUGAGAUGAGAAUGGGCGUGGCUGGCGUGCAAGCGGAGAGCUCACCUUGCCGUGUGCAAGCUGAAGUGCUAAUCACAGCUUGGCCCAGGGGGCAGGGGAGGCGCUACAAGUUCUGGAGCGGCAGUCAAGGCGGCAGUGCCACUUGAGCAUAGCUCACAUUGAGAGCCAAGAGCAAGCCCGCGGCAAGCCAAGCUACCUGGGGGCGCGCAACAAGGGCAUUCGGCCCCCAUCCGGGCCGCGGUGGGAUGUGUGCCCCGCUAACCAACCCCCAUAGCUAGGUCAUUGAGCGCAAUUAUUGGAGCGCAAGAGGGCACGGGCACCUUGCGGCCAACAACCGACACACUUUCGAAUAUCGCGUUCACACGCCCCUUCGGCUUCAGGAUAUCUCUGUAUGAUUUAACACGGUGAACAUGCACAUUUGUGGCCUGAAGUGAGAACGCGCACAGGUUUCGAGGUGCACCUCAUCUCGAGUACCUGCCAGCCCUCCUUCAAAUCUCACGCGUCGAAGUC